AUGGAAACUCUUGCGAAGAGCAUACGUGAAUUCGCUUAUGACCCUGAGGAAGGUCAAACUUUUGCCAAAUGGUACGUGCGGUAUGAGGAUAAUUUUAAUGUGGAAGCUGCGUCACUGGAUGAUGCCGCAAAAGUGCGCUUGCUCCUAAGGAAGUUCAGUAUUAGGGUAAAAUGCAUACAGAAUGUGCGUAUGAAUGACGAAGAAGUUAUAACAUAUGCAGCCCGAGUCAAUAGGUUAUGUGAAAAUUUUAAUCUUCGGGAUUGUACGGGUAAUAAUUUUAAAUGUCUAAUGUUCGUUCACGGCAUGCAAUCGGCAUCUGACGAAGAUCUGCGCGCGAGACUUCUAUCUUUGCUGGACUCGGAAACUAGUGAAAGACCUUUAACAAUCGAUAAUUUAGUAGCAGAAAUACAGCGUAUUAAGAACUUAAAAAAUGAUGCACUCGUAUGUGCUAACCCAACGAAAGUUCAAGCGGUUUCAGAACACAAGCAAGCGAAAGUCGAUACUAAGGCAUUGCCAAGCAGACCUUGCUGGCAAUGUGGUCGUAUUCAUUUUGUUCGUGAGUGUAGCUUUACCAGCCAUAAAUGCACGCAAUGUGGUAAAGUGGGUCACAAAGGUUAUUGUUCAUGCUUUUCGGAACGGAAACCGGCGAUGGCGAAACGUAACGAGACAAAGAAAAAGAGUAGGAAGCGGAUAUUUAUUAGAAGCGUAUUUACAGCGUGUGAAAAUGGUUCUCACAACCGUCGUUUUGUGACCAUAGAGAUUAAUGGCGUGGGUCUCCAACUCCAACACGAUACUAGUUCGGACGUAACCAUUAUUUCCACGCAGAAUUGGAAAAGAAUCGGCAGUCCUUCAUUGCGCUCAUGUCAGAAAUCAUUUCGUGAUGCUUCGGCAAAUCAAAUUUCGAUUGCUGGAGAAUUUGAGGCAGACAUUGUAAUGAAAGGAAAGAAAAAGCAAGCAACAAUCACUGUGUCACCUAACCUUAAUUUAUUAGGCACAGACAUUAUCUCGCUUUUUGAGUUAUGGGACACUCGCAUAACAGAAUACACGUCAUGCAGGAACGUUCAAACCAGCAGUAAAUUAACACAACCAAAUUUGCUUUCGGUGUUUCCGAGUAUAUUUAGAGACGAAAUUGGUCACUUCACGGCACAAAAAGUUCACCUACAACUUAAACCACAAGCAGUUCCUGUGUUCCGUCCCAAAAGAUCGAUUGCGUACGCAGCUCGCGACCAAGUUGAAAGAGAACUGAAAAGAUUAGAAGAUGAGGGUAUUAUAUCUCCAAUCAACUUUUCAAAAUGGUCAGCACCAAUCGUAGUGGUAAAAAAAGCAUCAGGCGAUGUGCGCAUAUGUGGAGAUUAUUCCACAGGUCUCAACGAUCAGCUUGAACCUCACACUUUUCCACUACCACUUCCAGACGAAAUAUUUGUUAAUUUCAACGGCUGCUCAUAUUUUUCUAUAGUGGAUCUCAACAACGCGUACAUGCAGAUAGAAGUUGAUGAAGAUACCAAGAAACUUUUAGUGAUCAACACGCAUCGAGGGUUAUACACAUUCAAUCGUUUAGCACCAGGAGUUAAAUCUGCACCCGGGGCAUUUCAACAAGUUAUGGAAUCACUUCUAUCGGGAAUUCCUGGAGUGUUCCCGUACUUAGACGAUGUUGUUAUAGCCACUAAAAGUAAAGAGCAAAACAUUAACGCAGUGAUUCAGAUAUUCGAACGUUUUAAGUUACACAACAUCACUGUCAACUUCAACAAGUGGAAGUUUUUUCAGAAGUCCUGUACUUAUCUGGGUUAUCACAUCGAUAAAAAUGGAAUUAGCCCAGAUAAGAGCAAAAUUAACAAAAUUUUGGAACUACCGCCUCCGAAAGAUGUAAGCGAGCUUCGAACAUUUUUAGGCGCUAUAAACUACUACGAGUAUAUACCUACGAGGGAAUUCGGGGCUGCAGAUAUACUAUCGCGUCUCAUCAGAAACACCACAAGGCCUAACGAAGAUACGAUCAUCGCUUGCUGUCAACUAGAGCGUGAAGUGAAACAAAUUGCAGUCGAAGCCGUAGAGAAUUUACCAGUAACGUUCCAGAUGAUCCAAAAUGCAACGUUGAAGGACAAAGUUUUACAAGAAUUCAUCUCAUACUUGAAGAAUGGUAAGUGGCCGAAUACGAUAACCGACGAUUUACGCAGCUAUUAUAUACAUAGAGACGCUUUGGGUAUAGUCGAAAAUUGCAUUAUGCUCAAAGAUCGAUUGGUUAUACCUUACUGUUUCCGCAAACGUAUCUUACAACAAUUGCAUAAAGGUCAUCAAGGAAUCGAGCGAACAAAAUCACUAGCUCGGAGUUACGUUUACUGGCCGGGACUGGAUGAAGAGAUUAAGCGAUUUGUUCAAGGAAGUGGGAAAUGCGCUGCUAUUGCAAAGACGUGGCCGAAAACGACUCUUUCUUCAUGGUCAAUAGCAGAACAUCCAAUGCAACGCGUUCAUAUCGACAUUGCUGGUCCGCUAACACUCACCAAUCUCUCCCGCGAUGUAUGCGCUUGCAUCCAGGAAGAUCAGUAG